GGACUCGCUGGAGUCUAGGAGGAGUUGCGGCAAGGUCGGGGAAGCAUCCUUUGACUGUAAACGCCGAAAUCGACCAGCCACGGGAUCAAUUAACAUUAAAAACACAUUUCAAAGCUUUAAGACCGAGGAUUGACUCGGCUAUUUUACUUUCGCCGAGGAACAUCAGGUGGAGCUGAAAGCAGACACCUUCCUCAUACAGAGGUUGUUGAGUGAGCUAGCAUUGUCCAUUUGUGUCCGCAUGUCUGGAGUCGUGUUGCCAGUUUCAACGAGGUAAAGCGGCAGUCGCCCUCAGAAUUUGAAGGCACGUUUCCUGUGAACGAGCAUUCAGGCGGUCUUUCACCACCAGGGAAGUGAACGGGAUUGUGCCUGCGACUUCUAUGUUCGGGACAUCUGGUACAGAGGCUGUAACAUCAGUUUAGUGUAGUUGUCGCGAUCGGACACGGGUUGAGUUUAACAUUGAGCUCGCUGUUGUUUUUAAAAUCCCACCCUCUGCUGACUGGUAACGUUAAUAUUAGCCAUGUCAGACCCAGCGUCGCCGGCUGACUCUCCCGCCCUGGGGGAUCAUGCCCCGCCAGAAUCCGAGGGGCUGACCGUGGAUACUGGAUUGAAACCUGCUGGUCCAACACCAAGCCAAAGUCGGUUUCAAGUGGAUCUGGUGACAGAAGCAGCCAGCUUAGCGGCUGGAGGUGAUAAAACACCCGGCUCGGAUGCUUCUACAAAUGCAUCUGGCGAUAAAGCCGCUCCCGUCGCGGAGGAAGCAGCUAGCGGCGAGGAGGCGAAAGGCAGAUUUCGGGUAGUGAACUUUGUAGAUCCAAGCGGGGCUGAUAGCCCACCAGACGGUGUGGCCCCUGAGGGUUUCCAGAAUGGAGACACCGUCAUGAGUGAAACUAGCCUGCAUUCGUCCACCGGAGGCCAGCACCAAUAUCACUAUGACACUCACACCAACACCUAUUACCUGAGGACUUUUGGUCAUAACACCAUAGAUGCGGUUCCGAACAUCGACUUUUACCGGCAAACUGCAGCGCCCUUGGGCGAGAAGCUGAUCAGACCCACCCUAUCGGAGCUGCAUGACGAGUUGGACAAGGAGCCGUUUGAAGAUGGCUUCGCCAACGGAGAGGAGCUGACCCCGGCCGAGGAGGCGGCAGCCAAGGAGGCGUCCGACUCCAAGGGCGUGGUGAAGUUCGGAUGGAUCAAAGGCGUGUUGGUGCGAUGCAUGUUGAACAUUUGGGGGGUGAUGCUCUUCAUCCGCAUGACAUGGAUCGUGGGCCAGGCGGGAAUCGUGUACUCCUGCCUUAUUGUUGCCAUGGCUACCGUGGUGACCACCAUUACUGGCGUCUCAACAUCUGCGAUUGCGACGAACGGCUUUGUACGAGGAGGAGGGGCCUACUACUUGAUAUCAAGAAGUUUAGGUCCCGAAUUUGGAGGAUCCAUUGGCCUAAUCUUCGCCUUCGCCAACGCUGUGGCAGUAGCCAUGUAUGUUGUGGGCUUUGCUGAAACGGUGGUGGAGCUUCUCCAUUCCGUGGAUGCCGUCAUGCUAGACCAAACGAAUGAUGUUCGGAUCGUCGGAACCAUCACAGUCAUUCUCCUCCUGGGUAUCUCUGUCGCAGGGAUGGAGUGGGAGGCCAAGGCCCAGAUAUUCCUACUAUUCAUCUUGAUCUCUGCCAUUUUCAAUUACUUCAUCGGCUCCUUUAUCAAAGUAGAGUCGAAGAAAGCCUAUGGCUUCUUUGGUUACGACGGUACUAUCCUGUGGGAGAACCUGACUCCAGACUUCCGAGGGGAGACGUUUUUCUCUGUGUUUUCAAUCUUCUUCCCAGCUGCCACUGGCAUUCUUGCUGGUGCCAACAUCUCAGGAGAUCUUGCGGAUCCACAGCAGGCCAUCCCAAAGGGAACACUUCUUGCCAUUCUCAUUACUGGGAUUGUUUACAUGGGUGUGGCCAUCUCCACAGGCGCCUGCAUUUCUCGUGAUGCCCCCGGACCUACUGUCACACUUAACAUGACGACUGGAUUUGUCAACUGCACCGAUUUCUCCUGCAUGGACUUCUCCUAUUGCAAACCUGCAGAGGGAAAGAUCGAGUCCAUCUGCAAGUUUGGCCUUCACAAUGACAUGCAGGUCAUGAGCACGGUGUCUGGCUUCUCCCCACUCAUCACCGCAGGCAUCUUCUCAGCCACGCUCUCGUCAGCCUUGGCCUCGCUGGUCAGUGCCCCCAAAGUGUUCCAGGCUCUAUGCAAAGACAAUAUCUACCCAGGAAUCGGCUGGUUCGGCAAGGGCUUUGGCAAGAACAACGAGCCCCUGAGAGGCUACAUUCUCACCUUCUUCAUCGCCCUGGGCUUCAUUCUCAUUGCGCAGUUGAACGCAAUCGCUCCCAUCAUCUCAAACUUCUUCCUGGCCUCGUAUGCCCUGAUCAACUUCUCUGUGUUCCAUGCGUCCCUCGCCAACUCUCCAGGCUGGCGUCCCAGCUUCAAGUACUACAACAUGUGGGUGUCUCUGGCCGGGGCAGGCCUGUGCUGCGUGGUCAUGUUCGUCAUCAACUGGUGGGCUGCCCUGCUCACCAACGUCAUCGUAAUGUCCCUCUACAUCUAUGUCAGCUACAAGAAGCCUGAUGUCAACUGGGGAUCCUCCACCCAGGCGCUGACCUACCACCAGGCCCUGACCCACAGCCUGCAGCUCUGUGGAGUGGCCGACCACGUCAAGACCUACAGACCUCAGUGCCUGGUGAUGACCGGUGCCCCUAACGCUCGGCCAGCUCUGCUCAACCUGGUGCAUGCCUUCACCAAGAACGUGGGCCUGAUGGUCUGCGGACAUGUCCGUAUUAGCAACCGCAAGCCCAACUUCAAAGAGCUAAACAAUGACCUGGUGCGCUACCAGCGCUGGCUCCUCAACAACAGCUCCAAAGCUUUCUACACACCUGUACUGGCUGAGGACCUGAGACAAGGCACACAGUAUCUGCUGCAGGCGGUUGGACUGGGUCGGCUCAAGCCCAACACCCUGGUGAUUGGCUUCAAGAACGACUGGAGGGAGGGAGACCUGAAGGAUGUGGAAACCUACGUCAACCUCAUCCACGAUGCCUUUGACUUGCAGUACGGCGCAGUCAUCCUGAGGCUGAAAGAAGGCCUGGACAUCUCCCAUAUUCAAGGACAAGACGAUACUUCAGUGAUGAAGGAUAUGGUAGUAUCCAUCGACAUGAGCAAAGACUCGGACGGCGACUCCUCCAAGCUCUCCUCCAAAGCCACCAGCGUUCAAAACAGCCCCGCCGUCCAGAAAGAUGAUGAUGACGACGGCAAAGCCCCUACCCAGCCCCUGUUGAAAAAAGACAAGAAGAGCCCGACCAUGCCUCUGAACAUGGCUGAUCAGAAACUGCUGGAGGCAAGUCAGCAGUUCCAGAAGAAGCAGGGCAAAGGCACCGUGGAUGUGUGGUGGCUGUUCGACGAUGGUGGUCUCACCCUGCUCAUCCCAUACCUGCUGACCAAUAAGAAGAAGUGGAAGGACUGCAAAAUUCGUGUCUUCAUCGGCGGCAAGAUUAACCGCAUCGACCACGACCGCAGAGCGAUGGCUACACUUCUCAGCAAGUUCAGGAUAGACUUCUCCGACAUCAACGUCCUCGGCGAUAUCAACACCAAGCCCAAGUCGGAGAAUGUGGCUGCCUUCGCCAAUCUGGUUGAGCCGUAUCGACUGAAGGAGGACGACAUGGAGCAGGAGGCGGCCGAGAAACUCAAGGCCGAGGAGCCCUGGAGGAUCACAGACAACGAGCUGGAGCUGUACAAGGCCAAGAGCAAUCGGCAGAUAAGGCUGAAUGAACUGCUGAAGGAGCACUCAAGCACAGCAAACCUCAUUGUCAUGAGCAUGCCCCUGGCUAGGAAAGGGGCCGUGUCCAGUGGUCUGUAUAUGGCCUGGCUGGAGACUCUGUCCAAGGACCUCCCUCCCAUGCUGCUGGUGCGUGGCAACCACCAGAGCGUCCUGACCUUCUACUCUUAAGAAGAAAGCACACACACACACACACACACACACACACACACACACACACUACUUCAGGCACGCACACACACCUCCACCCUACCCGCUGUCUUGACCCUUCACAGCUCCUCCUCAUCACUCACACACACACACACACACACACUCACAAGACACUCAUGGGGAUGAAGACGAGCAGCCGGUGGGAUGAUGUAAUGGUGGGAACGACAUUAAUAAUGGUGGUGGUAGGAGAGCGUACCUCUGGGACGCUGGAGGGAGGGAGGGGUGGGGGUGGAGGGAGGGUUGGGGUCCAACUGUCUGGCGUCACUGCAGUUGGCCAUCUUGGUUCCCGUGGAAACGCAGGGUACGUUCUGCACCCCUGUUCCAUCUUGGUCAUGGAAGAGGUGAAGAGAACAAUCUUCAAAGGUCAAUUUAUUUUUAAUUUCAUUGUUUGUUUUUUUUCUUCAUUCUUAUUUUUUCUUUAUUUGUGUUCUCAAAGAAAGGCACCUGAAUAUGCAGAGGUCAUGCUUGAUAUUGAAUUGUUAUUAUUCAUAUGAUGAUUUGUCAUUAUUAUUUUUAAUACUACAACGACAAUUUCAAUUACCGUCACUGUCACUGUUUCUAAGUUAUUUUUCAUUUUUUUGCUGCAGUUAUCAGCAAUAAACACCCUUGUCUCCUUUUGCCUCACAUGGAACAAAACCAUACAAAAUGCUUUUGCAACACCAUUAAUAGCCUUAAAGACGUGCCUUCCAGUUCAAUCAAAUUACAUUAUUAUUAUUAUUAUUAUGAUGAAAAAAACAAACACUUUUUGCCCUUGAUUGAUAAAAAAAAUGUGUAGGCAAAUGAGUAUUUUUUAUUGGGUUUUAAUUUGUUUAUGUUUUUAUUUAUUUAGGGUUGUUUUUUUAUGCGAGUGGACUUUUGACGUUUCACUUUGACAAAACUGCUCCACUUCUAAGCAUAAAAAAAAAGCUUUAUUUCUUCUGGUGGGAUUUAUUUGUGUGCGAUUGCCUCUAAUUGGUUUUUCUUUUCUGUACUUCAUGUAACUUUGGGUCUUCCGCUAGAAGCUGUGAUGGGAUGAGAUUAAUGUUCACUGUACAGUGCCCUCCAAUACCUUUAGUGAUGCUCGAAAAGGAGUUAGCUAUCGCUCGGAUGGCAGAUACCAUCCUCUUCCUGCUGUAUUGACCUUUGGGAUAAUGUCCAUACCGUAGGACUAUUUAAGUAUACUGUAGGACUGUUUUGAGUAUACUGUAGAGCCUAAAGGCAGUUUUGAAGAGCAAUGUUUGUUUUGACGGUAUUGUUUUGCCUGUAGAGAAGAGCUGCCAUUUGUUUGCUGAAAGAAUGGAUUGCUGUAGGGCCAUCGAAGCUGCUAGCAUUAUGAGAGGAGUUCCAAAAACAACAACAUAAAAAAAAAAAAAGCAAAACAAUAAAAAAAAAAGCAAGCAAAGUCUGAAGCCUCCUUUUCAGUGGCCUCCUUGUUAAAACACAACUCCAUGAACAAACAGGUGUGUUAGCAAACAAACAUGACUUUGCCUUAAAAACAUAGAAGUAAUGAUUGUUUGUGUAACUUGAUUCCCCUCAUAUAAAUAUAUAAGCCAUACUGGCUGAUUCAAUAGCAGGUCAAAUGCAAGUUGUAGCUAGUGCAAUUAAGUGCAUAGGUAGAAUGUAAUGUCUUUGUACAUUAUCCCCUCAACACCUGAAACAACAUGUAAAUAUAGUGUACGGUAUGAACUAAAAUACUACAUUUUUAGAUUUUGCCCAUUGUCAGAUUAAUAGCAUUUCUGCUCAGUGAAGUUUGGUUACAGACAUGCACGCUGUGUAGACCACAGGCACACUGGUGGAGGUUGUUGGUCCAAGUCAGGACAACCUAACCAGUGUUUUGUGUCGCGUCGUGUGAAACUGUAAAAGGCGUUUCAGUUCUCUGGUCGAAACUUCGGGCUCUCGAGCCACACAUCGCUGUUUUUUAUUUAUUAUUUUGUUUAGUUUUAUUUUAUUAAAGGUGGUGUUUUUAGCAUGGUGGUGUGGUGGGGGUGAGUUGCAUUUUUCAUGCCACAUUUGCAGAUUCAAAGAUGUCGUGGAGCAGGGUAGAGAUGUUGGUCGAAGCUAACAUACGAAUGUUGCACACAGUGAGCAGCCUCUGAAUCCAAUGGAUACAUACCUCUAUGCAGGUGAACUGUUGCUGGCGCUUAAAGUAGUUUUUUUCUAAUAUUAUUAUUAUUAUUAUUAUUAUUAUUAUUAUCAUUACAGCUCCGCUCACCUUAAUAUUUUUUUCAACUUUGGAGCUUCUAUACCCAUACUGUGGGGUUUGUCCUUAACAUGGCUUUUUUCUGUCAGCAUGUCCAAGUGCCCAGAGGAGUCAAAAUCUGUCUUUCCAGGAAGGUUCUCGAAAAUGUUUUAUUUUUUACCUCAGAGCUCUCUGGUUGGUAUGUCACUGAGCUGAUUCUCUGGGAUGAAAAGCAGCUCAACGACGAUACAAUCAACUCUUAUGUUAGUGUUAACUCUGCCAAACUCCCCUCUUGUGUUGCUGUCGCUCGAGAAUGGGUUCUGUCUCUUCAUUGCUCCGUGUUGUGUAACUGUAGUCGGGGAGUGGUGCUCUCCUGGUGUAGUGUUUUAUGCUGUACUGGUUGCCCAGGUCAGAGCCGAGGAACUGAUUUCUCUUAGUUUUCCUCACCUCGGGUAAGAAUGUCCGUGUUACUGUAAGGAAAGGUCAGUCUUUUUGAAUGUAAACACUCCUUAGUCACAAAAGAUUAUUUAAAAAUG